AUGGAAACUUUCAAGCGCUCUGUGGCUGCUGCUCUGAGGAGAUUAGCGGACAGCAUUGAUAAUAAUGAGUCAUCCGACUUUCUGAGUUUCCGUCUUGAUAGAGUACUUCAAGAUUUAGCUCAAGUCCCUGCUGAGUGGGACAUAGAAGUCGACGUGGUGCUGGCUGGUCUGCAAGAAGCUGCCGACGAACUUCAACUCCGCUCAUUAAGAGAGGACGAGCAAGCGACCUUUGGGCGUCCACGAUACACAAUUUCUCCUCAUCUCAUUGAGGCUCGCCUGCUUUUGGGAAACACCGUUCCAGAGAUUGCUCAGUUGUUUAGGGUAUGUGAGUGAACGAUUCAUCGUAGGAUGGCGCAGUAUGGAAUAAGGUAAUAUGUUUUUUUGUAUUACUUACAUUUAGCACGUCACUAUACGCAGUAGGUUGGUUCAUUUUAAGUUAAUGUCGUCUGCGUUUACACAUACUUGUUGUUACAUCUGGACAAAAAGCGCUCAACUUUGGAGGAUUCAUGUUUCCAUGACUACCAAACAGCGCAAGCACGCAGCGUCUUCCUGUAAACCUCAGCAGAAGAAACUGUCUGCAGAUGGAUGUCCGGUUAUGGAGUUGAUACCAGCGUUUAUUCAUCAAUUCAGUGUUGUGUAAUAAAAAAAAGACUGAAUCACAAUAAGGCUAGUGCAAAUGUAUCUAAAUUAAAUCCAGUUACAUUAAAUUCAACCAAAACGAGCCGGGUGUCCGUUAACAAAGGUAGCAUUACAAAGGUAGGCUAUUAUUAUUAUUACAAAGGGGGGGCAACAACAACAAAUAAAUGAAUAAAUAAAUAAGAUAAAAAGAUAUCCACCUUUGUAGUACGGAAAACCCGGAACUUAAACAGAAAUUAUCUUGCCAAGAGCUAAUCCAGCUGGUCCAGGGUCAUCUUUGCAUUGGAGUACACCUGAUUCUGUGACCUCUUUUUGCAUAUAGGACAACGUGUGCAGGAAUCUGUGCAGCGUGAGGAUCCUCAUGGAAUUUUGA